CAUCGGUGGUUGGCAAAGCACUCCAGCAAUGCUUGGAUUUUCUGGAAAGUCUUGAGAGUGCCUCAAGCUGGUGGAUUCUUUGGUUGCUCCUCCUUGUUUAUUUGUGGGAGAGUUUACAUUGCGUCCAAAGGAUACCGGAGGACCUGACUCUCGAUGCCUUACUGGAAAUGAAUGAAUCUAAAGUAAAAGACACCAUGAGGAGUUGUGGGGCCAGUCCAGAGGAGUGCUCCCGCCUCAGCGGAGCCCUGGCUUGCUUGAGGAAAGUGACCCGGACAGGUGGUGAAUACAAGGACGAUCUGCUGUGGAAUUCUUCAGAUGUGCGGCGAGAGAACCACUUGAUGCCCCCUUCGGAACUCUCCCCCUGUCCCGCAGCCGUCAUGUGGAUGCAUGGAACCCAGUCAUCUUCAAAGGGAAAUGGCCAGCAGUCCCACUGCGUCUCUGUGUCUACAGUUCCAUCUUUGGACAACGCCCCCUUGAGCCAAGGACCUCCAGCCAGUGCGGAUAACCUCUUGGAAUCUUUUGCCUUCCCUACGCACUGCGGGCCACGGAACCUUAGGACUCCGUACAGCCUCACCAUCACACCCCCCACCACGCCCCAGCUCAAGAGGAGGAAACCCCCACGGACUCCACCCCCACCCUGCCGAAAGGUUUUCCAGCUGCUGCCCAACUUCCCGACGCUCACGAGGAGCAAAUCCCAUGAAUCGCAGCUUGGCAACAGAAUAGAUGAAGUACCUCCUAGCAAAUUUGAUCUUCCCCAUGGUUCUCCUCAGACAAUACGAAGAGAUAUUGGUCUGUCUGUUACACACAGAUUCUCUACAAAAUCGUGGCUGUCUCAGGUGUGCCAGGUGUGUCAAAAAAGCAUGAUGUUUGGAGUGAAGUGUAAACACUGCAGAUUAAAGUGUCAUAACAAAUGUACAAAAGAAGCCCCUCCUUGUAGAAUAUCUUUUCUGCCAUUAGUACCGAGAUUAAGGCGAACAGAAUCUGUCCCUUCUGAUAUCAAUAAUCCAGUGGACAGACCUUCGGAACCACAGUUCGGGACUCUUCCGAAAGCACUCACUAAAAAGGACCACCCACCAGCAAUGAACCACCUCGACUCCAGCAGCAACCCAUCUUCAACCACCUCUUCCACACCGUCUUCUCCAGCCCCCUUCCAGUCUUCCAACCCACCCAGUGCGACGCCACCCCCAAACCCAUCUCCCAUGGGGCAGCGGGACAGCCGGUUUAACUUCCCAGCAUCCUACUACAUUCAGCACAGACAACAAUUUAUCUUUCCAGAAAUCCCCAAUCCCUCGCAAGUAGCACAACCGCCCGAAUCUACGGAAAACGCUAAGGUCAAUGAACAUCCAGAGAUGGACAGAGUUAAAGAACGUGACACAGAGCAAGCAGAAGACCAAGAGCCAAACAAAUUAGAGGCCGAAGAUGAUGAAGAUGAAAUUGAUGACCUGCGGAGUGGGCCAACUCGGUGGCGAGGGAUGAUCUCCCGCAAGGCCAGCCAGACGAGCGUCUAUUUGCAGGAGUGGGAUAUCCCAUUUGAGCAGAUUGAACUGGGCGACCCCAUUGGCCAGGGGCGCUGGGGCAAAGUGUACCGGGGGAGGUGGCACGGGGAGGUGGCCAUCCGGUUGCUGGAAAUCGAUGGGAACAAUCAGGACCACCUGAAACUCUUCAAGAAGGAGGUCAUGAAUUACAGGCAGACCAGACACGAGAACGUGGUGCUUUUCAUGGGGGCCUGCAUGAACCCCCCUCACCUGGCAAUUAUUACAAGCUUCUGCAAAGGAAGGACGCUGCACUCCUUUGUAAGGGACCCCAAAGUAUCUUUGGAUAUUAACAAGACAAGGCAGAUCGCCCAGGAGAUCAUCAAGGGCAUGGGGUACCUUCACGCAAAAGGGAUUGUACAUAAAGACCUGAAGUCCAAGAAUAUUUUCUACGACAAUAACAAAGUUGUGAUCACAGAUUUUGGACUGUUUGGGAUUUCUGGUGUCGUUCAGGAGGGAAGGUGA